CAAAGCAGCAGCCAUUUUUAUUCUUAUCCUUACAAAAGGGGAAGCAGACACUUUUGUAAUUCACAUACAUUGUUGCUCAUCUGUUGGCAGCAACUGGACCUGCAACUGCUUCACUUUCCCCUGGAUUCCCCUGCAGCGUCUUCAACUCUGGCCCCAGGGAAUAUUCCUGGAAUGCAGGAUGCACAUGUAUCACCUGAAAACCCACAGGCCCCGAGAGGCUGAGGUGAGUGUUCAGACAAGUGAAGGGAAGGCUACUGUGACGUCUGCCCAAGGAGGUUAAUGCAGCCACGAUUGUAGCCACUCAAAUAUCUGGCCCCUUUAAAGGAACACAGUGCUGGAUAGCCAGCGUCAACAAAAGCAUUAUGGAAUCACCUCUCCAAUUAGCUUGGCAUGCCCUAAAGAAAUUGAUCAUCUUUAUACCCAGAAAUUAAUUGAUGCCAUGAAACCAUUUGGAGUGUUUGAAGAUGAGGAAGAAUUGAACCACAGGCUGGUUGUCCUUGGUAAACUGAACAAUUUAGUAAAAGAAUGGAUUUCUGAUGUCAGUGAGAGUAAGAAUCUCCCACCUUCUGUUGUGGCCACUGUUGGUGGUAAAAUUUUCACAUUUGGCUCCUAUAGGCUUGGAGUACACACCAAAGGGGCUGACAUUGAUGCACUUUGUGUAGCUCCAAGACAUGUGGAGAGGUCAGAUUUUUUUCAGUCUUUUUUUGAAAAAUUGAAACAUCAAGAUGGCAUUAGAAAUUUAAGAGCUGUAGAAGAUGCCUUUGUACCUGUUAUAAAAUUUGAAUUUGAUGGAAUUGAAAUUGAUCUAGUCUUUGCAAGACUGGCAAUACAAACUAUAUCAGAUAAUUUAGAUCUAAGAGACGACUCUCGACUGAGAAGCCUUGAUAUAAGGUGUAUUCGCAGCCUAAAUGGAUGUAGAGUUACUGAUGAAAUUUUGCAUUUAGUGCCAAAUAAAGAAACUUUUAGACUCACCCUAAGAGCAGUCAAAUUAUGGGCAAAACGACGUGGUAUUUAUUCCAACAUGCUGGGAUUCCUUGGUGGUGUCUCCUGGGCAAUGCUAGUUGCAAGAACUUGCCAAUUAUAUCCAAAUGCAGCAGCAUCUACUUUAGUUCAUAAGUUCUUUUUAGUUUUUUCCAAGUGGGAAUGGCCAAAUCCUGUGCUGCUGAAACAACCAGAGGAAAGCAAUUUGAAUUUGCCUGUUUGGGAUCCUCGGGUAAAUCCAUCAGAUAGGUAUCAUCUCAUGCCCAUAAUCACCCCUGCCUACCCACAACAGAAUUCUACGUAUAAUGUGUCCACAUCAACUCGAACAGUAAUGGUAGAAGAAUUUAAACAAGGUCUCGCAGUCACAGGUGAAAUUCUUCAAGGGAAAUCAGACUGGUCAAAACUACUGGAGCCACCAAAUUUUUUUCAAAAGUAUAGACAUUAUAUAGUAUUGACUGCCAGUGCUUCAACAGAAGAAAACCAUCUAGAGUGGGUUGGAUUAGUAGAAUCUAAAAUCCGUGUACUUGUUGGAAACUUGGAACGGAAUGAAUUUAUUACUCUUGCCCAUGUAAAUCCCCAGUCAUUUCCAGGAAAUAAGGAACAUCAUAAAGACAACAAUUACAUAUCAAUGUGGUUCCUUGGAAUAAUUUUUCGGAGAGUAGAAAAUGCAGAAAGUGUUAACAUAGACUUGACGUAUGAUAUACAGUCAUUUACUGACACAGUGUACAGACAGGCAAACAAUAUAAACAUGCUAAAGGAGGGAAUGAAAAUUGAAGCAACUCAUGUUAAAAAAAAACAACUUCAUCACUAUCUUCCAGCCGAGAUUCUUCAAAAGAAGAAAAAACAAAGUCUUUCUGAUGUCAGUCGAAGUUCAAGUGAACCUCAAUCCAAAAGAUCAUCUCUGGAUAGCAAUUUUUUGGAUAGCUCCAGAGACACUGAUAAUGGAACACCUUUUAACUCCCCAGUGUCUACAAACAAGCCUUCCAAGCCUGAUAUUCCAUCUUCAGAAGAAACAGAAAGGGUUAAUGCUGAGCCUGCCUCUGUAACUGUGGAAAAGCCACUGACUGUCCCGCCAGCUCAAGGACUAUCUAUUCCAGUCAUUGGUGCAAAAGUUGAGCCUGUAGUAAAAGCUGUAUCACCCUCAGCUGUGUGCACCAUUCCUACUGUAGUAGGACGAAAUGUUAUUCCUAGGAUCACAACACCCCACAACCCGGCCCAGGGACAACCACAUCUAAAUGGAAUAUCAAACAUAACUAAGAAUGUUAUGCCCAAGAGAUCCCAUUCCCCGUCCUUAGAUGGAUCUUCAAAGAGGUUGAAAGACAUAGAAAAGUUUAUUCGACUUGAAUCAAAGUUUAAGGAAUCGCGUGCUGCUGAAAACAGAAAAAGAAAAUCAGUGGAUGCCAUUGGAGGAGAAUGUAUGCCUAUUCCAACUAUUGAUACAUCACGGAAAAAGAGACUGCCCAGUAAAGAACUACCAGAUUCAUCAUCUCCAGUUCCAGCAAAUAACAUCCGUGUCAUCAAAAAUUCUAUUCGACUGACCCUUAAUCGGUAAAAGCAGUGCCUCCUACUUAAGUGAAUAUGCAAUCAUUUAGUGACACACAUACAGCCACUUUUUUAAAAACAGAAGUGGCUGUCAUACAUAAAAUAAGGUGAAAGUUACAGUCAUCGGCUUAACAACCUUGAAGUGGUUUUUGAACUUUCACACUUUGACCUGCAGAUGCUGUAGCAUUCUCUCAUUGAUUGCUACAUACACUUCUCUGAGGAUCACCUGCUAUCAACUUGUCAUCUAUAAUAUUAUGGCUUUGUGUUGAAGGUUUUAUUGCCUUAACUUUUGAUGUUUGUUUCUCUAUUAUGGGAACCAGUUCUUGACUCUUUGGACACAGAUAGAACAAGUCCUGAACUUUUCUUUUUUUUGUCUUAUGUUGUAAUAAUCAUUGUAUAGAACUUAAAAAGUUGAAAACAAAAAAAUUGUCUUGUAAUUUUCCAAAUGUUAACACAUUUACUUUAGCAUUGAAGCCACUUUGUGAAACCUGAGAUUAAUGAAUGUGAGGUAUCUUUUCUGAUUUCCUCAUUUGUGUAGAUGUACCUAUUGUCUGUUCUAUUAAGUUAUUUUUUUCCAGAAUGGCACAUGGAAUAUUUAAAUUUUUAUUUUUUUGUGCCUUUCUGUCCAAAUGUUACAUAGUUACCAGAGAGGAUUAGUCCAGUGAUUGCAUAAGAGUUGGGCACCAUAAAUUCUCUAUAUUUUGCCUCCCAUGGAGGCCUUUGAAAUGCAUCUUUAUUAAGAAUCAAAAUAAAACCAGGAUACUGAAAGUCAGUAUAUGAAUGGUGAAAUUAUUACAUAUUCUAUCUCAUGCCAUUCUUGUUAGUUGACUGGUAUUUUUUACUGAGGAGCAUCUCAUUCCAGCAUCAAAAUAAGAUACCUUUAAGUAUGGCAAACUUGUAUUUUUGAGGUGUAAAAUUAAAUUGGCAUGAUAAUUCCUGACCGUUACUUACCCCACAACUUGAAACAUUUUCUUCACGAAUUAGGCAUGCAGAAAUCAGCAGUGGGUUUCAUUGAAACCUAAAGGCAUUUUUGAAUGACUUUGUUACCAACCAUUAAUUGGCUCAGGACCUUUGUAAUUUUUAUUUAACUAUAUGAGUUGUCUUUUUUUACACUGCUUUUUUCAAUGCAUUUCUUAAUAUUUUUUAAGUUUCAUGAAUGCAUGCUCAGUUUAUUAAAAUCCAUAACCAUGUAAUUCUUGUAAUAUGUUAAUUCAGUGUUUUGUAAAUGAAGUCGUAUGUAUUUUCAGAGUAUUUUUGUAUGUACUGUAAGAUACCAUCUUUUCAAAGAGAAAACUUUAAAACCUUUAUUGUCUGUCUUUAAUCUAAUUUUUUAAAAUAUGGAUUAUGCUUGAAUUAUUCUUAAAAUGAAAAUGUAUAGAUUGCACAGCGAAGAAUGCUGGUAUAUGUUACCUUCUUCAGCUUUCACUCAGCAUUUAGUAGGUCCAGUAGGAAAAACACAAAAUGGUCAAUUUGAAUAAUGCAGGGAAAAUAUUUGGUUGUGUAUUUUACAAGAUUCAUGGGACACUUUCUAGCCAGUGGAGUAAUAGCAGUCCAUUUUCUCUUGUCAGCCCUUUACCAUUGAUUUGAAAUACUUGAAUUCUGAUUGUCAGAGAGCAGUAUUAUUCUCCUCCUACUCCUGUUCUAUGACCCCUAAGUCUCUGAAGUGAAAAUUCUAAUGUUUAACUUGUACAAAGGAAAACUUCUCAGAAGUAAAGAAGAGCAAGGAAAGGGUAAUGGUUCCAUUAUUCACUUUUUACACAGCAAAAGACAAGAAAGAAAUUCCACAACCAAGUUUUAGCUUCCUUGGCAAAGCUGUUCUCUUAGCUGACCCUUUUCCUUUAUUCAGAUAUUUUGAGAUUUGUUCUACAAAUACUCUAUUUGAGCAAAAGAGAAUGAUUAUGAAAAGACUGAAGAACUAUCACCUGACUUCAACUUUUGAAAAAUUCUUUAGUAAGGGAUUUUAUUAAAUGUCAUGUAUGUGAUGUGUUUGCAUUUUCGUAUUUAAUAUCUAGGUAUUAUCCCCAUCUAUUAUCAGUUUUCAAAGUUUCUUUAAGAAUCCCCUCUAUAUCCAUGUUUACCCUAUUAUAUAAACAGAGUGUUUGGAAUGACUAGAGGAGUUUAUCUUUAAUAAGAAAACAAGAAGCCUAACCCUUGUACUAUAGUGUAGUCAUUUCUCUUGUUUUAAGGGUCCAUUCAACAUGGGUUUAAGACAUAGCCAGUGGUUCAAGUUAGACUCCUCAAAGAUAGCAUUCUUCAGCCUGUUUGGUAACUGGGGAGUUGAUGAGAUGCUUUUGAGAUUGUGAGUUUGGUCAGAAAUGAAGUUUCCUAUCCUGAACAGUAGGUGGAAUGUUCAGUACAUUUUGUUACUAUUGUAAGAGACGCCCACUGUACUGGUUCCGAGUAAGUAAUGGGAAAGUAUGGUCUGGGGUUGUAUGUUAUGUUUAGAGGCACUAAGUAGACAUGUUUGAUUUCAGGUGUGAAACUAUACCUAGACAUAUAUUUUUAUAAAGUCAGAGAACCUAUUCUUCAUUAUGUAGACACAUGUUCAUUUUCACAAGGGUAUUAGAUUUUAAUCUCAUUUUUCAGUGACUGGCUCUGAUAAAUAGUAUAUAUCAAAGGAAAACAGUUAACUGCUAGUUUAACCUUAGGGACAAUUUAAGAGACUGGGAACACUGCUAAAAACCUCGUAAAACUGGGACAGGAGAAUGAAUUUUAAAAGACUGUUGGUGCUUAUGAUAAUAACUCUGUCUUAAGGCAACAGUUGAGUGACAUUAAGAUGCUUACUGUAGAAGCAAUGAAGUAAAGAUGGGCAAUGUUGAAAUGGGCUAACCUUACUUUCCACUGUGUCCCACAGCUUUGAAAUUGGAAUUCCUAAUUGGAUAUCAUAGAUCAUAGGGAAUUCUUUCAAAUGUAUAUAAGAAGUUUUUGUUUAUGUGCAUUUUACUUGGGGGGAAGUUCAUAGAUUUCAUGACUUUCUCAAAGUGGUUCAUGACUAAAAAGGGUGUGGGGAGGCAGGAACCACAGCUUUCCAAAAUUGAAUAAUCCCGGACUCUUGGGAAUUUUUUCCAUAAGAAUUUCCUGGAGUUUAUUUCUGCAAAUGCACUGCGGCUCUUAACUAGUAAAGUAGCUAAUGGAGGCCGCUGGAACACCAAAUAAGUUUCUUUAUAUAUUUCAGAUGAAACUUCAUCAGUAUUUAGAAAAAUGCCUAUUCUUGGAUUUAUAAAUGUUCUCAUGUUAAUUUAGAUUCAUCAACAGGGUCAAACUUUAGUUCAACAAAUUUCAACCUAAGAUUGAUCAGAAUAGAAUAACUUAGAAUGACCAUUAGAAAUGGUAAAAGUAGAAUUAAUCAUUACAUAUCCUGAUCCUUUGAUUUCAGCAGCAUUGAAGUUCUCUUGUUCCUCCACGUUUGUGGUUCAGACUGAACAGACUAAUAAAUAAAACUUCGGUUUAAAAAAUAUUUUUUAUAAAUAAAAUUGUGUGUGUGCUUAAAUAACUACCUAUUAAGUCUUCCAAAGCUUAGAAUUUAGCUCAUCAUGAUAGUGAUAAAUAAAAUAGUGCAGAUGAUGGAAGAAUACCAGUUUCAAUUGCGGUAGCUAUGUAUUUCCUUAGGAUUUUUUAAAAGAAUUGUACAAGGUCAGAUCCUUUCCAAAUUCCCUAUUUUUUCUGAAAUUUUUCUGAUAUAAUUUUAUAUUUAAAGUUAGUUGAACAUAAGAUUAUCAGACUUGAUAUAAUUUUUAAGCUAUUGCUACAUUUUAGCAAAGACCCACAUAAUUACCUUAUAAAGUACUUAGGAUAUCUUUGAAGUAAAUGGUGCUACAUCACUCCACAGUGUUAUGUAAAAUGAAUGCAGCUGCUUUUUCUUUCUAGAUAGCUGUUUGUGUAGUUCAUAUUUUUUCCUGCCUUUUAUUUGGAUUGUCUUUUAUUUCUUAGUUGUACACAUGAGCCUCAUUAUUUGUCUGGACUAAGUAAUGAAAUAAACUUGCUUUGAUAAA